UCUAUGUUUAGAAUCGUUGACGAAAAGCAUUCUGAGAAGAUCAACAACAACAACAAAAAAAGAAACUGCGAGAAACUCCCCGCGACAUAGCUAGCUUCUUUCAAAGGAAAAACACAACCCAAUUUCUUUCUACUUGCUCAAUUCGAUACUUUUCUAGGGAGAUAAAUACCAGCUGCUGAUCUGUUUGUGAAUUUUGAGGUCGAUUGUUUAGUUGUUUGUGUUUUGGACUUGUGAUCUGAAGAAGAUGGUAGCUGAAGCAGAGGUGGUUGUUCAACAGAGCAUUACUGUAUUGGAUCACGUUCAAUACCGAUCAUGCAGUACUAGUGCUAGUUGUAGUAAUCUUCAAGAGGCAUCAUCUCCCAGUUGUGAACCCAUUUGUUCCCCCAAGCCCGACUCCGCCGACCUAGCCCGCUCUCAAACGGACACAAGGUCUCCUGAAAACACUCUUGAGUCUACUGUACUGGAUUUUGUUCCUUGCCUCCGUUCUGGUAGCUUUUCAGACAUUGGACCACGAAGAUACAUGGAGGAUGAGCAUAUAAGGAUAGAUGACUUGUCUACACAGUUGGGGCCAUUUUUUGGGUUUCCUAAGCCAAGUGCCUUCUACGGGGUAUUUGAUGGUCAUGGAGGACCUGAAGCUGCAGCUUAUGUUAGAAAAAAUGUGCUCAGAUUAAUAUUUGAAGAUGCAAAAUUCCCUCAAACAUCCAUAGUUGAUGAUGCCUUCCUAGUUGACGUUGAGAACUCUCUCCGGAAAGCAUAUCUUUCAGCUGACCUAGCUUUGGCCGAUGACUCUAGUGUGAGUAGUUCUUCUGGGACAACAGCACUGACAGCUUUAAUAUUAGGAAGGCUUCUGAUGGUGGCCAAUACAGGAGAUUGCCGAGCAGUUCUUUGCAGGAAAGGCGAGGCAAUUGACAUGUCUCAAGACCACCGGCCAAAUUAUGCGUCAGAGCGGAGGCGCGUUGAAGAAUUGGGUGGGUACAUUGAUGACGGUUAUCUUAAUGGUGUUUUAUCUGUUACCCGAGCUUUAGGGGAUUGGGAUAUGAAACUACCUCGAGGCUUGGCAUCGCCUCUCAUCGCGGACCCAGAAUUUCGCCAAGUGGAUCUCACGGAGGAUGAUGAGUUCCUCAUCAUGGGGUGCGACGGGAUUUGGGAUGUAAUGUCAAGCCAGCAAGCAGUUAGCCUUGUGCGCCGUGGGUUGCGGCGACAUGAUGACCCAGAGCAAUGCGCAAAGGACCUCGUCAUGGAGGCAUUACGCCUCAACACAUUCGACAAUCUCACUGUCAUUGUUGUUUGUUUCACUUCUCUUGAUCACACGGAACCAUCACCAUCGCGACAACAGAGGUUUAGGUGCUGCAGCCUGUCUGCGGAAGCACUGAGCAGGUUGAGGUGCUUAUUGGAUAGCAAUGGUACUCAUUGAUUGUAUGUAUAUGUAUUUGGAAGAAUAAAAGUCCUGUGAGGGGGUUAUGUUGUAAGCUGUUUGUGGCUGCUUCAGCUGGAUAUUUUAGAAGGAAAAAAAAAAAAGCAGCUGUCAGUUUUGUAGGGAAUCUUGUCUUCUCAGCUGGGCUUGGGUGGGCUUUGGGUUCAUCAUGUAUAUAAUUGUUCUCCGGUGGACUAUGGUGGUGGUGUCUCCUACUGAUUAUGACAGAUAUUUAAUUAUGUAUCUAGUUUUGCUAUUAAUUGACUGUUUUAGUA